CGGCCAGCCGCCGCUGCUCUCCGGAGCGUCAGGAGAGGAGGCGAGGUCGACUGCCCACCGCAGUCGGAUGCUGCACUCGGCAGAGAUGUGCUCCUCUCUGGCUGUGAUUUUAUCCGUGGUUGUGGUGUGCUGUAGUGCCGGCAUUGUGCCACCGAAAUCGUGGAAUAAUGCUACGAUCGGAAAAGACAUCAUCGAGCCCGGCAGGAAAUACGUGCCGACCAAGAAACCGGAGCACCAGAGAUCUCUGCAGCUGGUGCUGUUAGCCACGAAGACGAACGCGACAUUGCACGUGGACGGAAAAUUGGCCUGGUGGCACUCGAUAGCCGUGCCCAGCAAAUCUGUCGGCCCCGAUGACCGGUUCAGCGUACAGGAGCGCGGCCUGCACGUGCUGCGCGUGCAUCCGAUCACUGGCCAGGUGCAGGGCCACGCUGUCGCCUCCGGCUGGAUGCUGGUGAGCGCCAGUCACGCAGUGCGCUCGCUGGUUCGCACUGCAAGAGACAAGGAUGUUCUCGUCUUCUUCACUGUGGGUGAGUUCGGCCCGGGGAUGCGAAUUGAUACCGAGCUGCAGGAGAUGCUGGAGCGACUGGGGGCCGAGCACUUCACCACUCGCAUGCCUCCUGACAUGUACGCCAUGGUGUGCGUCAAGGGCGGAUCAGUGAUCACCGAGGCUUAUGUGGCCAACAGAGCGUCUCCGACCACAGAGGAGGACGGUCAGAGUCCGACCCCGGCCAGUCCCCUGGCCAUCACCGCCCAUGUGCCCGUGCCGCCGGUCAAAGAUGCAGAUGUUAUUUGUCCGUGGAAGAAAACUCCAAAGAACUUGGCGCGAGCCAAAUUCUGCUUCAACUAUGACGGAUAUGGCGAGCUUUGUGACUGUAAUAAUCAUCAUCUGCUGCCCAUGAAACACAGUCUGCUGCAGGAGAACAAUAUCACCGAUGUCCCGAUAGUAAUCAUCGCAAGCAAUCGACCACAGGUGCUCUUCAGACAGAUGAGCUCCUUGCUAAGGAACAGGGGCAUCAUUGUUUCUAACAUCCUGGUGUUUGUGGAUGGACUUCACCAUGAAGUUGAAGAGCUUUGCUCCCUCCUGGACAUCAAGUGUGUAGCACAGACAAGUGAUUACGACGACACAACUCUGCGGAUCCGGGAGAACUAUCGUCAGGCUCUCACCAACGUGUGGCGUCACUUCCCGUCCGCCAGCCGGCUGAUCGUGCUGGAGGAGGACCUGGAGGUGUCGCCAGACUUUGUCAGCUACUUCAGUCAGACGUCACACCUGCUGGACCUGGACUCGAGUCUCUGGUGCAUCUCCGCCUGGAACGACAACGGCUUCGACUCGACCAGCAGCGAUCCGGCCACGCUCUAUCGGGUGGAAUACUUCCCUGGCCUGGGCUGGAUGAUGACACGAAACUCCGUGCAGCAGCUCCUGGACGUCUGGCCAUCUGAGAGAGAGGGAUACGACUGGGACGUUUGGGUGCGCUGGGACUCGAACCGGCUCGAACGCGAGUGUAUCAUACCAGACGUGUCGAGAACAUACCACUUCGGCAUCUCGGGUAGCCACACGAGCAGCGCGUUCCACGCUCUCUACUACCAGGACCACACCAUCAACCAGCUGCCGGACGUGCAACUGAGGAACGUCAAUGGCUUACUGAAGGAUGAGUAUGAAAAGGAGAUCCGGCAGCUGAUUGCCGAGGCGGAGCCGAUCAAGGCGACCGACUUCCAGUUGGGAGAGAUUCCUCCCAGCCAGGGCGGCCCGUGCGAGCUGGAAUUGGAGGGCACCAACAAAACAUACGCGUUCUUUUUCAAAAUGAAGGCCUGGGAGGACACAGACCUGUACAAAACCGUUGCCAAGUGUUUUACCAUCUGGGAUCUGGAUGUACGAGGCCACCAUCACGGCCUCUGGCGCUUCCACUACUACGAAAAUACCGUACUGCUGUUCGCCGUCCCGCUCAACAUGUACAUGAAUGAUGUCAUUCGUCUCUUCAAACAUCCGGUGGAUAUUGUUCAGUCGCUGCAAUUUGGAGAGUAAAAGGUGUUGAGCUCGGGACUAUGUUUGAAAGAAACCCAAUGUUGCUCGAUAUAGGUGAACAGAUGACUGUUAACAAUUACAUAAAUGUUAGGUGUGACAAACUUCUGGCCCGGUUUUCGACUAAAGAAGCAUUUAGCCAUUCAUACCUUCGACGAAGUUUCGGAACAAUAAUUCAUGCAACAAGAUGAAUGUAAUUAUUUGUUUUAGGUAUACCUAUAUGCUACGCAACGCGCAAAUUUUGCAUUAGUGUUCACAGAAAUAAGCAUAACAUUUGUUGUCGAAAUUUAUUUAGUCCUACCAUCCACUGCAGGAUCGAAGUUUGACUUACUUUCAGAUUGAACGUGGUUUAUUGUCAUUUGAGUGUGAUACAUUGUAACUGAAAUGCUGUUUUUGUUUGUAUUUUAAGAAUAUUUCCGUUAGUUAUUCCGUUGAGGCUUAUUAGUUCCAGAGCUAGAAUCGUAAGCAAUAUGCUUAUAACAGUGCUUGUGCAUGAUUCUGGUUUACAAGAAUAGUAGGGUAGGUACUAUCCAAGUUCGUUGAUCCUGAAUGACCUACGAAGGCCUAAGCUGAUCCAGAAUAACUCCAUGUACCAUUAUGUUAUUCUGAGAUCUUGUUAUGGUCUUGUUGUCAGAUUUAUUGAAACCCUUAUUAUAAUUUGAGUUUUGAAUCUUGAUUUCGCAAUUUCUGACACGGUUUGCGAAACGUUAAAGGGAGUUAACUCGGAUGAAAUACGUUUCGUACCAUUGCAUUGUGGCUCUUAUACGGCCUUGAUUGUGGCGUGGUGCAAACGAAACGUCGCAAAUCAGCAGCAUUUUGACAGCUGUGCCGUGUGCGUCUCAACCGCUUAUGUAAUUUGUCAAUAAACAUACAGGAAGCUUA